ACUGUACAAAAACAAAUAAACAGACUACACUGCAAAAAUUGGUUUUCGUACACAUGAACGUAACAGUGAAAUAAUGUUCAACUCUGUUGUACCAUAAUCUCUCAAACGAAUGAUAUCAUAUGUUAUUCAUUAUGGUUCGAUAUUUUUCUUAUUGGUUUUAAAUUAUUUAUCAUUUGUCCACGUUACGUUCAGAAUUCACUAGCAGACUUCACUUUCGCAAAAUAAAUUAAGGAUUUAAUAUGGGAUACAAUGCCAGCCAGAGUUUGAUUUCAGGGCAUCCUCCAUUACUUGUGUUCACUAUUUGCCUUACUGCUUUUGGCUUGACCAUGGUUGUGUUAGCAUAUGUUAUUGGAGAAAAAGAUGUACCUAACCCUGAUGUUCAAAUGGAUUGGAAUAAAUUAUUCAAAAAGCUUUCAGAACUCAAGAUAUGCCCUAUGCAGAAUGAUACACAAUGUAUGAGUGGAAAGUUUUUUUCUCACAGAGGAAAGCAUGGUAAUCACAACUCAGAGUUUUUGGCCAAUAUUUCUUCAGCUCAUAAUGCAGAUGAGAAAAUUUGGGAAGCUGUACUUUCAAAAGUCGUUGAAAAAGGAAAGAGUAAUAAAAUAGAUGACUCAACAUUUCAAGAUAUAUCUGUUUCAGUGAAGUUUGGUUUACAUGGUAAAGUUUCUCCAGAUUCGUUUUUCCAAUCAAAAGGUCAAGUUCAAGGAAAGCUGUUGGGUUUUACUGGUAAAUAUGCAGUUCAUAUUUUCAAUUUAUCCCUCAGUUUUCAGUCACUGCAAAACAAAUCUUGUAGUAGCGACCAAUGUCAUUCCCUGUGGGAAGUAUGCAUCACCAUGAGGUUGCCUUCUGAAGUUCUUCCAGAAACAAAAAGCCCGGAAAAAUGUAAAGUUGUUCAUUAUUCCAAUCCUGACACACAUCCAUCAACAUCAUACUGCAUUGAUAACCAUACUGUAGAUUUUGCUAUUUCUUCAGACAUGUGCAUUGAUUUGGAUUAUACACCAGAUACUAAAUUGACAGAAAUGUUAAGUGUGCAUGAUAGAUCCAUUGUCAACUUGCAUUUGAUGCAUACGAGCUACUUCAUGUUUGUGAUGGUAAUGACCCUGAUAUGUUACUCACUUAUAAAGGGAAGAUAUAGACAUCCAAAGCAUUCACUUUCACAUGAAAAAUUACCGCUGGAUGCAUGACAGAAUGCUGUAAACAUUGUACAUACAUAUUUAUUUAUUUUGA